UUUAAUUAAGAAAACAUGAGUUAACAAAAAUGUUUAAAUUAGUGAAAAAAAUCCUCAUGAAGCUAGCUCUUUUUCAUGUCAAAUCACACCUUUUGAGUAAUAAACCCAAUUUUCUUGGUUCCUUCCUCACAAAUUCACUUUCCACAAUUAAUCUAUCUCUCUCUUUAUCUCCCUCACACCUCAGCCUUCUGUGUUCGUCUUUAUCUCUCUCCCAAAUCUCAAUUUUGGACUCGUCUGCUUUUGUUUAUAUAAACACUUCUCUUCUUCUUCAAUCUCCACACACACCACACAAAACCACCUACCUUCUUCGAUUUCUCCAGAAAUCCUCCUUCAAGUUCAUACUCAUGGAAGAAGCUAAAGUGGAAGCAAAAGAUGGUACCAUCUCCGUAGCUUCUGCAUUUUCCGGUCACCAACAAGCUGUUCACGAUAGCGACCAUAAAUUCCUAACGCAAGCUGUUGAAGAAGCUUACAAGGGAGUGGACUGUGGUGAUGGUGGCCCAUUUGGUGCGGUGAUUGUGCAUAAUAACGAGGUUGUCGCUAGCUGCCACAAUAUGGUUUUGAAAUAUACUGACCCAACUGCACAUGCUGAAGUCACUGCCAUUAGAGAGGCAUGUAAGAAACUUAACAAAAUCGAGUUAUCAGAAUGCGAGAUUUACGCAUCUUGUGAGCCAUGUCCGAUGUGCUUCGGAGCCAUCCAUCUCUCGAGACUCAAGAGGUUGGUUUAUGGAGCCAAAGCCGAAGCAGCUAUAGCCAUCGGGUUUGAUGACUUCAUAGCUGAUGCUUUGAGAGGCACGGGGGUUUACCAGAAAUCUAGUCUGGAGAUCAAGAAAGCAGACGGGAAUGGCGCUGCGAUUGCGGAGCAAGUUUUCCAGAACACAAAGGAGAAGUUCCGUUUAUACUAAAGCACUUCUCCAUUACCACAUUCUUCUUCUUCUUCUCCUUCAUGAUGGUAAUUAGAAGUAGUAGAAGAAGAACUGCACUUGCUUUAACUUAAAUAAAUCUCUGUUUCAAAUUGUUCAUUUUAAAAACAGAAGGAAACGAAAAAAAAAAUCAAUUUCGGUUCUUGUUGACACGAUUUGUAAUUUCUUUUCUUCAUUUGAAUUGAACUGGUAAAUACUUUCUUCUCUGUCAAAAUCUUUAUUUUCUAUUUUCUGUACAAGGCCAAGUUCUUCACUAAUAAAUCGAAUUGUUUUUCUAUU